AUGGCCAUUGCAUCCUUAUCAGAUCAUAAUCAAUGGCGGCUAGAGGAGGACGAGGACGAGGAUUCGCUUUUAUUGUCUUCUUCGGAUUCUCCUGUCAGUUCCUGCCUUUUUUGUUCAGCAACCGCUUCUGUGCAUCUCGUUGUUGCUACUUUAUUAGCUGAGGUGUGGGUGCUUGCCUGUUUGUCUCAGAUGGAUAGAAACGCCUUGCGCCGAAAAAAAUAUGCAGAAAUGGAACCUGCCAAGAAAGCUGCAUUUUUACGUUCUCUGCGAGAGGCUAGAGCCGAGAAGAAAAAACAAAAACUUACUCUCUCUCGCGUUCAAAACAUUCCGCCUACUUGUGUGGUAUCUGCUGUUAGUUUCUCGUAUGGUCAUGAUAGACCUUCUGGUAGUGAUGAUCGAACUCGUUUGGUUUCUGGUGGCCUGGAACAACGAGAUUGCUUGGUUCCAGUUGAUAGUGUUAUUACAGCCGGUGGAGAGUUGCGCUGCAUUCCUCCUGAUGUAUCUAACUUUCUCAAUGAUGAUACUUCACCAUGUUCUUCUAAAAAAAAAAAAAAAACCUCCGUGUCUACACCGUCUCUUAAUGAAGAGACCUCUUCUUUUCCAAGAAGGCAAUUUAACCAGCCUACAGCGAACUCUGCUCGCCAGGGAAGGAAAAAUAAUAGGAAUACUUCUCUUGAUCUGCCAUCUAGACUUUCUACACGUACCAAGAAACGUAGUAGUUCUUCCGCUCCGAGAACAGAGAAUGCAGGGAGAAAGCGGAGGCGUGGUCAGCCACAGCUUUCGCUCAUAAACAAGAUUCCUAAUGUGUCUUUGCCUUUGCCUGAUGCUCCUCAUUGUGACCAUUGUGGAGCAAAAAGAUUCCAUUUGGAACCUCCUAAUUUUUGCUGCUCUGGAGGAGAAAUUUCUGUUGUCGCUCCUCCUAUGCCUUAUGAUUUGAAGCGCUUGUUCAUUGGUAGCGAUGAGGAAAGCUUCCAUUUUAGAAAUAAUGCUCGCACUUACAACAAUAACUUAGGCUUCACAUCAUUUGCUGCUAAAUAUGAUUCUGAACUAACAAAGAACACAAAAGGUGUUUACACUUUUCGUGUUCAGGGUCAAGUUUAUCAUUUUCUUAAUGGCCUUAUUCAGUCAGACAAUAGACCAUCCGGCAUUCAGAUGUACUUCUUUGACACUGAUGAAGAAUUAGCAAAGAGGAUUGCUGCCUCUGAUAAGUUGCGAGAAAGCACAUUAAGACUCCUUAUGCGCAUUCUUAGUGACAAUCCUUAUGCUAGGUUCUUCAAAAAUCUUAGGCAUGUUCCAAACAUUGACAGCCUGAACAUUGUACUUAAUUGUUAUCCCACCCUUGAUCAGCGAGUCUAUAACCUUCCUUGUGCGUCCCAAGUUGCAGCGAUAUGGACUGAAAAUCAAGAUGAAACAGGCCAUACGGGAGCUCACAUUCAGGUUUAUACGCAUUCAAAUAGCAGCUAUAGAAUUAGACAUUACUAUGGUUGCUAUGACCCAUUGCAAUACCCUAUUCUGUUUCCCCGAGGUGAAUGCGGAUGGCACCCUGGAAUUAAAAGAACUCGAAAAAGAAAGAGAAAAGAGGACUCCUGUGAGGAAAAUAUUGAUAUUCAUCCUUCUUCGAUUGAUUCCGCAUCAGCUUUAAUAAAUCGUGAACAAAGAGCUGCUGAUCGUGCAAAAACUGAAGAAGACACGGUGUCAGCUAGAGAAUACUAUUGUUACAGAUUUCAGAUCAGGGACGAUGAUCAAUCAAUGUUGUUACACUCACUUAGAUUGCUGCAACAAUAUGCAGUAGAUGCUUAUGUUAAGAUUGAGACGUCUAGGCUUGAUUUUCAUCGAAACCGACAAAACAACAUUCGUUCAGAGGUUCUUCAAGGAGUUCUGGACAGUAUUUCUAUAGGCCAGACCAGUGCUUCUAAAGUUGGUCGUAGAACGAUAUUACCGGCUUCGUUUAUAGGUGGCCCGAGGGACAUGAGACGACGCUAUCUUGAUGCAAUGUCCCUUGUGCAAAAGUAUGGAAAACCAGACAUUUUUCUUACUAUGACCUGCAACCCAGCGUGGAAGGAAAUUCAGGAUAAUUUACAGUACCACGAAAAACCUCAAGAUAGACCGGAUCUUCUAGCUAGAGUCUUUAGAGCCAAAUUUGAAUUGCUUAAAUCUGAAGUUUUGAACAAGCAAAUCUUUGGAGAAGUUGCAGCAUGCGUCUAUGUGAUUGAGUUCCAAAAACGUGGCUUCCCACAUGCGCAUUUGCUGUUAAUUUUGAAGCCUGAAUACAAGCUCCUAAAUCCAGAGUCAUAUGAUAGAGUGGUCUGUGCUGAAAUACCUGAUCGUUCUAAGCAUCCUCAUCUAUAUUCCCUUGUUAUAAAGCAUAUGAUUCAUGGCCCUUGUGGUGCUAUGGAUAAAACUUGUCCUUGUAUGAAAGAUGGUCAUUGUAAAAGUCGCUAUCCAAAGAGUUUUUGUGUCCAAACGAGUCAUGCUGAAGAUAGUUAUCCGCAGUAUAGAAGGAGGGAUGAUGGGAGAAAAAUAAAAGUCCGAAGGCAUACUCUCGAUAACAGAUGGGUCGUGUCUUAUAGUCCCUAUCUGUUAGCUACAUUUGACUGCCAUAUGAAUGUAGAAAUUUGCUCGACUGUUAAAUUGGUGAAGUACAUGUAUAAGUAUGUUUUCAAAGGACAUGACUCAAUCAGCUUUAAGAUCGUCUCGCAGCAUGCUCCUGAUGACACUGAUGAAAUAAAGGAAUUUCAGCAAGGUAGAUGGAUUUCACCCCCUGAGGCAUUCUGGCGCAUUUUUGAAUUCCGCUUAAGUGAAAUAACUCCAGCGGUCUAUACUCUUCAGAUCCAUCUGCCGGACCAACAGUUUGUUUCUUUCAACAAAAAUUCAGACCUGUUGCAAUUAUUGAGAAAGGUUGAUUUUUCCAAAACCAUGUUGACUGAAUUUUUUCAUAUGAACACAACAAAUGUGGUUGCACAGAAUCUUAGAUGUCUUUACAGGGAUUUCCCUCAAUUUUUUGUUUGGUCUCCUAAAUAUAAGAAGUGGACUGAAAGGAAGCGUCGAAAAGUUAUAGGUAGAAUGGUUACUGUUAGUCCAGCAGAUGGAGAAAGAUACUACCUGAGACUUCUUCUAAAUCAUGUUCAUGGUCCAACUUCCUUUGAUGACAUUUUGACGGUUGCUAAUCAAAAGUUGAAUUCCUUUAGGGAAGCUGCUCUAGCUUUAGGCCUUUUGCAAUCCGAUACUUAUAUAGAGGAUACACUUCAGGAAGCUGCGACCUUCCAGAUGCCGUCUUCCUUAAGAUUGCUAUUUGCCACUUUGCUUGUUCAUUGUUCUCCAGUAAAUCCUCGGUUGCUCUGGGAAAAAUUCUGCCAUGAACUCUCUGCAGAUUAUCAGCACCAAUACUCAUUUUCUACCCUUGCUUCUUCAGAGAUCACCACAAGAGUCCUACAAGACAUUAACAGCUCGUUGGAGCAGAUGGGAAAGAAAAUUACUGAUUACCAAUUACCUUUGAAUGAUUUCGAUUCCCCUUCUCAUGAACGAUUGACAAAGGAGAUCGAAAAUGAAAGAGGUUUACAUGUUACUUCAGAGGAUCUGUUACUCUCUUUCAAAUUAAACUGUGAACAGAAAAAUGCUUAUGACUUGAUUCUUACUGCAUGUUUUUCUCCUCACGGUGAAGCUUUCUUUAUUGAUGGCCCAGGAGGCACUGGCAAAACUUUCUUAUAUCGAUCACUACUUGCUACAUUAAGAUCGCGGGGUUACAUUGCCAUUGCUGUAGCCACUUCUGGCAUUGCAGCAUCUAUUCUUCCUGGAGGAAGAACAGCACACUCAAGAUUUAAGAUACCAUUAGACUUUUCAAAGAAUAAAACUUGCCAACUCAGCAAACAAAGUAGUGUUGCCAAGUUGCUUUUAGAGUGUAAACUUAUCCUUUGGGACGAAGCAUCGAUGGCUAAGCGAGAGACUAUUGAAGCAUUUGACGAUCUGCUUAAAGACAUAAUGGAUUCUGAUUUGUCUUUUGGAGGAAAAGUUAUAGUUUUUGGUGGAGAUUUUCGGCAAACUUUGCCAGUUAUUGAGCGAGCAACAAAGCAAGUCCUCAUAGAAUCAAGCUUUCCUAACUCUGUUCUCUGGUCUCAAUUACACAAGCUGAAACUCAGUCAAAAUAUGAGAGCCAUGUUAGAUCCUGCUUUUUCUGAGUUCUUAUUAAGAGUAGGCGAGGGAAGAGAACUCGUAGAUGCAAACGGCGAAAUCACUUUAUCACCUGAUAUAGUUAUUCCAUAUUAUGAUAAAGAACAAUCUUUAAACAGGUUAGUUGAAAGUGUUUUUCCAGAUUUGGAGCUAUAUUCUAGAGAUCCUUAUAGGAUGAUAAAUAGAUGCAUCCUUGCUCCAAAAAAUAGCUCAGUUGAUGAGCUCAAUGAGCUAUUGAUAAACAAAUUUCCUGGAAAUGUUCAUGUUUAUAUCAGUUCAGAUCGUACUGUGGAGCAACGACACCAAGGCGACUAUGAAGAUUUUCUAAAUUCUCAAAAUCCGAAAGGGCUUCCUCCUCAUAAGUUGCUGCUAAAAAAAAACUGUCCUAUUAUGCUUUUAAGGAAUUUAAAUCCUAAUGAAGGAUUGUGUAAUGGCACAAGGUUGAUAUGUAGAGAACUUAGCUUGAAUAUCAUUUCUGCAGAAAUUGUGUUUGGCACUCAUGCAGGGAAAAAAGUCUUCAUCCCAAAAAUACCUCUUCAGACCUCUGACAAUGAAAGGAAUGGGAUUCCGUUCAUAAGAACUCAAUUUCCUGUCCGCCUUUGUUUUGCAUUAACUAUUAAUAAAGCACAAGGACAAACUCUAGACUAUGUUGGCCUUUACUUGCGUGAACCUGUUUUCUCCCACGGGCAACUAUACGUCGCACUUUCUAGAGCUAGAACUGCUGCUGAACUUAAGGUUCUUCUUGUUCCUGGAACGUUUGAUGAGAAAAAGAUUGACUGCAAAACUAGGAAUGUUGUCUUUAAUGAAAUUUUCCAUUUGACUCAGCAAAUGACUAACUUACUGCCUAUCCGAGAUAUUGUCCCUUUCAUGAAGAAUUGGAGUUGCAUCAUCACUGUUCAAGAAAAACAGCAAAUCACUGACUCGAAGGGAACACCAACAAAGAAGCAAAAAUUUAUCUUCUAUGAUGCAGAGGGAUCAAAAGUCGAAGCAAUAAUCUUCAAUGCUGAUAUUGCUAAAAUGAGUCCACUCUUACGUGUUUAUAGAAAGUACAAGAUCACAAAUGCUGAAGUCAAACCUAUCCCAGCAAAAUUUCAGACAGCUGAGCUUACUAUCCAAUGGGUGAUCAGCACUAAAACUGUCAUUGAAGAUAUAAAUGAUGAUGCUAAUGAAAUCAUGCCCGUGAAAUUCAGCUAUACAAAAUUUACUGAUUUGAUGCAUUAUAUGGAUGACAGAAAUAAAUCAGUUGAUGUGCUAGGAGUUGUGAUUGCUGCUCUAGACAGGAAGACAUUAAAUAGAAACUCAAAAGAAUCAAACGUUCAAAAAUUUGUCCUUCUUGAUGAACAAUCACAGACUGUAUUGCUGUCUUUAUGGGAUGAUUUUCUUGCUAAUGAAGGACAGGAACUACUGUCUAACCUUCACAGCUAUCCUGUCAUUAUUGCACGGAGAAUUAAAGUGAAUAAUUACAAUGGAGUUGCAUUGGGUACUUGGUUUGAUUCUGUCAUACUUGUUGAUCCGCCUAUACAGGAAGCAAGGGAGCUAAAGAACUGGGCACUCAGAAAUUCUAAAAUAAUUGCAGAUGUUCUUGACAAAAGAGAUUACAUGAAGUAUAACCCUACAAUUUCUCUCAAAGUUGAUCAAAAAGCUACCUUGAUUUGUAAUGUUAAUCCUUCACAGAAGACAACUUGGGUGAGGGCACGCUUCUACUUUGAACACAUAUUCCAAAAAUACUG